AUGGAUAAACUUGUAUCUUACCAAGUGAUAAUGGAGAUGAAGUUGUUCUACGCCAUUGCAGCUGCACUUGUUCUAGUUGUAGCCAACUUGGGGAUAGAAACAAGUGGGCAGAGCGUUUCUUGCCUGAACCAGCUUGCUCCAUGCCUCAGUUACCUUAAUGGGACCAAAGAAGUGCCUCAAGAUUGUUGUAACCCUCUCAAAUCAGUGAUAAGGAACAAUCCAGAGUGCUUGUGCCGGAUGAUUAGUAACCGAGGGAGUUCUCAGGCCGAGCGAGCUGGCAUCGAUGUCAAUGAUGCUCAAAUGUUGCCUGCUCGAUGUGGAGAACACGUCAAUCCCAUUGCCUGCUUAACUCGAUCUCGAGGUUCUACAAACUCAGACCGAAGUUCCUCCACUGGCAACACAUUCUCUCAGUCCUAUUGGAUGACAACAUUAGCUAUUGCAGCCACUGUUUUGUCAUAUUUUCUAUAAACAAGCUGAAACUCUCAUUGUCUAUACUAUAGCAGUUUUGUUUGCUUGUUUAAUGAAGGCUGCUUAUUCUUUGUUUGAAUGCUUUAUGAGACUAUGAGUUGAAUUAUGAUUAUUGGUCCGUCAUCAACA